AUGUCCGAAUCCGAAAUCGAAUGCACUUACGCUACAUGUUCCGUGAAAGAAGACGGACAAAUCGAAUAUAUCCCGACUUUGGAAGGCAACAUUGGAUAUGGCGGGAUCUUCCUCUUUAUCCUAAUGCUACAGGUUUUUUUCGGGGUCAAGUACAAGACAUGGGGAUUUAUGGCGGGCAUGACAUGUGGACUACUCCUCGAGAUCGUGGGCUAUGCCGGCCGGGUCCUGCUACACGACAAUGUGUUCGAAAAGAACUAUUUCAUCAUCUACCUUGUCGGGCUCACCAUUGCUCCAGCGUUCCUUUCCGCCUCGCUAUACCUCUGCCUAGGCCGCAUUAUCACCCUCUUCGGCGACAGGUUGAGUCUGCUCCGGCCAAAGAUCAUCACCUGGAUCUUCGUGUGUUGUGACUUAUUGUCGCUGUUGCUGCAAUCGGUUGGGGGCGCGAUCACAUCUAUCAGUGAUGACCAGGAGGGCAGCCAGCGAGGCAUCGAUAUCAUGAUGGCCGGUCUCUGGUCGCAGGUCAUCUCGUUGAGUAUCUUCAUCAUCCUCUGCUCGCAUUUCGCCUUCAACGUCCUCAUGAAUCCAAGCAAGGUCAACCCUGACACCGUAGCCCUCAGGCAGACCAUCAAGUUUAAAUGCUUCCUACUCGCCAUAGGAAUCGCAACACUUACGAUCAUGAUCCGCUCAACUUUCCGGCUCGCUGAACUGCAAGAGGGCUUCAGCGGACAUUUGGCAAACGACGAGGUCCUGUUUAUGAUUCUCGAGGGGCCAAUGAUCAUCGUUGCUGUCGCAGUGUUGACAAUCUGGCAUCCCGGCCUCGUAUGCGGCGCUAACACGUGGAAGAACACCAGCUUUAGAAACGCCCGUAAAAGAGGCAAGAGUCUAGCAUAUAAGGAGAUGAUCUAUGACGACGACAAUAUUGCUAUGGUUCCCGUCGCAAGGCAUUAA